AUGCAUGUCAUUUACAACACACAAUUCAAAUUUCAGGUGGUCAGAGCUGCGCUGGAAGGCUCAACCUUGGACGAAAUCAAUGAACAACACGGAUCCACUAUCCAACUCAAGUUGUCUCGUAAAACCAUGCGAACUGUUCACCCUAGCCAGAAUAUGGAGGAUUGGCUCGAUUACAUCACAUUGAUAGCUCACUAUGAUCCACAAUGCCUUGUUUUUACUGAUGAGAGUGGAGUAUGCUCUGAUGGUGUUGUUUGUACCCAUGGUUGGGCACCAGUGGGAGAGAGGACGCAGCGAGCUCCUCACGCACGUGCUAGGCAUCGAUUCAACUUAGUUGCUGCUGUUGCUCUAAGUGGAUUGGUAGCUUCAAUGGUCCAGGAAGACAGCAUGGAUUGGUUUGAUUUUGAGUUCAACUUGGAGAAUGUUCUAGUUCCAAUGAUGAAUCCAUUUCCAGCACCUCAAAGUGUGCUCAUCCUAGACCAUGCAUCCUUUCACCACCAUGGCCGGAUUCAAGAGAUUGUUGAAGAAAAGGGAUGUCAUAUUAUUUAUCUCCCAUCCUAUUCACCUGACCUCAAUCCAAUUGAAAAAGGAUUCAGUGUCUUCAAAGCUUCAUUAAGGCAAUAUGCAGAGCUCAGUGGAGGUGAAGAUGAUGGGGAUGAAAUUGAGACAUUUGCCAAUUUCACCUUCACCUCAGAAUUGAUUAGAAGCCUCUUCCAAGGUGCUAGUUACAUUGAUUGA